AUGGUUAAACUAACAUUAUCAAAACCUAAUCCAUGUGGAUUUCAAUCAUGUCGUAAUGGUGGUACAUGCCAAGUAGCAAUGAAUGGAUAUAUUUGUUUAUGUCCAGCUUAUUAUGUUGGUGUUAAUUGUGAAUAUAUUAAUCCAUGCGUAUUAAUUGGAGCACCUUCAUCAUGUCAGUCACUAUUAACCCCUUCAGGAAAUUAUACAUGUUCAUGUCCAACAAAUCCACUAUGUUUAACAAAAUAUUCAUUCAAUUCUGGUCUUGCUUAUCGUUGUAUAUGUUAUCCAAAUUAUUUAGGUGUACAAUGUAAUUUACCAGAUCCGUGUGCUUUAAAUAUAUGUUAUAAUGGAGGUCAAUGUAUAGCCAUAGUAAACAGUGAUAGCACACAAGUUACUCAAUCAUGUCAAUGUUCAUCUUCUCAAUAUUUUAUUGGUUCAUUUUGUGAACAUUAUAAUCCAUGUGUAUCAUCACCUUGUAUGAAUGGUGCAACAUGUACAUCUUAUGUUAAUAUAACAUGUUUUUAUCGUUGUGUUUGUCCAAUGGGUUAUUCAGGUGAACGAUGUCAAUAUUCGAUAGCACAAAUUCGUUGUGAAUCUGUAAAUAUACCAAAUAAUUGUCGUAAUGGUGGUACUUGUAUGUUAAUUGGUAUGAGUACACAAUGUUUUUGUACAUCAAUGUAUACAGGUACAUUAUGUGAAAAUAUAGCUGAUGUUUGUAGUUUACGUGUAUGUCAGAAUGGUGGAACAUGUUUAAUUGUAAAUGGUACAAAUGUUAGAUGUCAAUGUUUACCAUCAUUUCAAGGUACAUAUUGUGAAUAUUCAACAGAUCCAUGUUCAGUUCAACCAUGUCUUCAUGGUGGACAAUGUAUAGCAUCAUUUUUAACAUUUACAUGUAAUUGUGCACAAACAAUGUAUACAGGACCAAGAUGUGAAACAUUAAUUUCAUCACCAUGUAUAACAAAUCCAUGUUUAAAUGGUGGUACAUGUCAAGUAGUAGGUUCAUCAUAUGUUUGUGUAUGUCAAACACCUUUUACUGGUUUAACAUGUGCACAAUCAAUAAAUAUUUGUGCAACAGUUCAAUGUCUUAAUAGUGGUACUUGUUUAGAUUAUGGUACCUUUGCUUUAUGUAAUUGUUUAAUAAGUUACACUGGUGAUCGUUGUCAAUAUGUAAAUCUAUGUUAUCCAAAUUCUCUAUGUUUAAAUGGCGGAACAUGCAUAUCUGUAUUGAAUAGUUUUUCAUGUCAAUGCCCAGUUGGUCUAACAGGUACAACAUGUCAAUUAUUAUCUGAUAAUCCAUGUGCUGGUGGUGAUUAUCGGUGUUUAAAUGGUGGAACAUGUAUAAUAUUAUCCGGUACAUCACAAGCCAGUUGUUCAUGUCCAAUAAAUUUUACUGGUCAACAAUGUGAACAUGUUGUAUCAUCUGUAUCUAUUACAACAAUAACAACAACACUAUCUUCAUCGAUUUUAACGAUUAUUUCUGAAUCAUCACCAUCAUCAUCAAUGAUUAUUAGAACAACAUCAUCAAAUUAUUUAAAUAUAACAAGUGCACCAUAUGCAUGUGAUGAUAUAUCACUUGCUUGUCUCGCUUAUAGUGCUUAUUGUGCUCGUGAAAUUGAAUUUUCUGGUAUUCCAUGUCGAGUUCUAUGUCCAAGAACUUGUAAUACUUGUUGCGAUGAUUUUUAUAUCGAUGGUACGUGUUCAUUAGAAAAAUGUCAACUUAAUCCUCAACUUGCACGUUACUGUCGAAAAUCGUGUAUCUGCAAAACAUGA